AUGGAUAAUAAAAAAAGUGAAACGGAUGAUGGAAAAGAAGAUAUGUCAGGAAAAACUGAUUCGAAUUUAAAAAAUGAUAAGGAUGAUAAAUAUAAUAGUGAGAUGAAGGAAAGUGUGAGUUCCCAUGAAAUCAAAGAAAAUAUCUUACCAUCUGAAACUUCAAAAAAUGAAAAAAAAGACGAUCAAGGAAUGCCGUCAAAGGAAGAAAAUGUGUUGGAUUAUGUUGAAAAGAAAAUAGAUGAACAAUUAAAUAUUGUAAAAAAUAAUAAUAAUAUCAUAAUGGCAUUGGAAAGUAAAAUAGAGCCAAACCCUGUUCAGUCGAGCAUGAGCAAAGCUGAAGAACAUGAAAAGGGAAUAGAUAAAUCUGAGAGUGAUAGCAACGACUUUGUUGACAUAUGGAAAAGGAUGAAUUAUUUUGCCUUAGAGGAUGACACACAAAAUGAAAGUAACAAAAAAGUUGGAAAAGAUGAAAUAUGCAAUGAGAAGCCAAUCGAAAAAGAAACAGAUUUAAAAAAAAAAAAAAUGGUGAUAAAUGUUAUAGACAAAUAUUUUGUUCAAAUCCCAUUGAAAUCUAUAAUGAAUGUAUUUCGAAAUAUUCAAAAAGAAAUGGAAAAAAAUUUUACAAUAAUAACUUUAUUUAUAGAAAAAAAAUUAUUAAAUUUAAAUGAAAAAAUGCAGUUAGCUAAAAUAAAUACAAUAAUUGAAAAGUUAAAUGCAUUAAAAAAAAGAGUUAUUGAAUCUAAGGAGAUGCUUAGUCAAUUUAUAAAAAAACUUCAUACUAGGUUAGAAUAUAUAUAUGAAGAAGAAGAUAUACAAGUAGAAAGUUUGAAAAGAAAUUUUAAUUUUUAUUCUUAUGAAAAAAGAAUAAAUUGGCUAGUUGAUGGCUAUUUGUGUAGAUAUGGAUAUUUUAAUACUAGUGAAAUAUUUUGUAAGAGAUAUAAAUUAGACAAUUAUUCUGAUUCCUAUAUUUAUAAAGAAUAUCUUUUAAUAUUAAAUGAAUUAAGAAUGCAUAAUAUAAAACCUGGAUUAGAAUGGUGUCAAAAAUAUAAAUCUCAAUUAAAAAAAAUGGAUUCUACUAUCGAAUCUGAAUUACAUCUACAACAUGUUAUUUACUUAAUUUUUGAAAAUAAAUAUUUUGAAGCAUUGGAAUAUUUAAAAAGUUUUGUUAUUUUUACUAAUGAUAAAUUUAUAUCAGAUGAUGUCAAAUUUGUAAUAACCUACAUAAAUGUCAAUUAUACUGAUACCGAAAAAUUAAAUACAUUUAAUCGAAAGAGAUGGAAAAAAAUACUCAAAUUAUUUAAGCUAGCUUAUUCAGAAAUUAUAGGAACUAUGAAUAAACCAUUAUUAGAAUUUUUAUUAAAAUCUGGUAUAUCUGUAAUAAAAACAGAUCAAUGUGAACAAUAUAAAAAAAGAUCAACAAACUGUCCAACAUAUAAUGGAUGA